AUGGAGAACUCUCCCGCUGACUCGAUCAUGAAGAUCAAGGACAAGAAUGAGAUUCAGAAUGACACCUGGGACCUAGAGGAGCGCGAGACCAAAAAGAAGUCCUCUGGAGUUCUGAAUGUUUUGGUCGCUGGAUUGGCUCUUUUCAGCGAUGGCUACAAUGCCCAGAUCAUCGGCUACAUGGAGCCUCUUUUCUCUAGCCUUUACAAGUCUGGAAUGUCCUCGACCAUCAAGGCGCGUCUGUCCAACUCUUACCUCAUUGGAGAGAUCUUCGGCAUGCUCUUCUUCGGUGUUCUGAUCGACCGCCUGGGUCGCCGCACCGGUAUCAUCGCGGCCACCUUGUUUCUGGUUCUUGGUGUGAUCCUGGCGACUGCCGCUCACGGCACCACGCAGUUGGGGAUGUUCUGGAUGAUGAUCGUGGCACGCGGCUGUGCUGGAUUUGGUGCUGGAGGAGAAUACCCCGUCUGUGCUACAAGCGCCACCGAGGCCGCUGAUGAGACUGAUAAGCUUCGCAAAAGACGAGGAAUCCUGGUCGCGGCUACCACUGAUUUCGCCAUUGAUCUGGGCUUCGUUGUGGCGGGUGUGGUCGCUGUGAUUGUCCUUGCCUGCUACGGUCAGCGCUCUUCUGAAGGAGUCUGGCGAAUUUGCUUUGGUCUAGGCUUCGUGCUGCCCGUUGUUAUUUGCUUCUUCCGAGUUCGAAUGAUCAACUCUACCCAGUACAAGAAGCAUGCCAUCAAGUCCCGCUACCCGUAUCUUCUGGUCAUCAAACGCUACUGGAAACCCAUGCUUGGAACUUCCCUGGCCUGGUUCUGCUAUGACUUUGUCACCUACCCGUUCGGUCUGUUCUCCUCGACAAUCAUUGAACAGUUGAUGACCAACAACACAACCACUCAGAACAUCGGUUAUGGCACCGUGAUCAACUGUUUCUACCUGCCAGGAUGCAUCAUCGGUGGAUUGCUGAUGGACCGCAUUGGCCGUAAGCAGACCAUGACGUUGGGAUUCUUCCUCUGGGGUAUCUGGGGAUUCAUUCUGGGUGGCGCUCUUGGCCCUAUCCAAACCGUCUUCCCCCUGUUCGUCGUCAUGUACGGCAUUUUCCAAGCCCUCGGUGAGAUGGGCCCUGGCGUUGCUACAUUCCUGUGCGCCUCGGAGUCCUUCCCCACACCCCUGCGCGGCCACUUCCUCGGCUUCGCAGCUGCGUUCGGAAAAGCAGGAGCUUCUAUCGGAACCCAGGUUUUCACUCCCAUUCAGAACUGCUUUUCUUCCACUGAAAAGGGUCAACAGGCAGUCUUCCUUAUUGGAGCUGCUUUCACCAUGGUUGGAGGACUUGUUUCGUGGUUCUUGAUCCCUGACAUGUCUCGCGAGCUUGAAACCGAGGAUGCCCGCUUCAAGGCCUACUUGGAGGAGAAUGGUUACGACGUCAGCGAGUAUGGUGAGGCUCUCGUAAUCAACCAGCGUGGUUGA